GUUGAGAUCAAAAGAACAAUUCCGAAAGGUUCUGCUGAAUCUAAGGAUUUUAAAACAAAGAAGAUUUUUGUUGGUGGGAUACCUACCUCUAUCACUGAAUAUGAGUUCAAGAAUUUCUUCUCAAAGUAUGGAAAGGUAGUGGAACACGAGAUCAUAAGAGAUCAUGACACUAAACGCUCUCGGGGCUUUGGAUUUGUUGUAUUUGACAACGAACAAGUUGUUGAUACUAUUCUGGCCAAUGGAAAUAUGAUUGAUAUGGAAGGCUCACAGAUGAGGGAGCAGAAACGGGCUGCUCUUUUGAAAGAAAAAAGGGCCUCUAGUGGAUUGACAAGCCCUCCCCGUGUCAUUGUGAGUAUCCUAAAUGAAUAUUUUAGUAAUGAUGAGAUUCUAUGGAAAGCUUUGGUUUCUCCAAUUGAGAAAUAUGCAGUUGUUCCUGAUGACAACGCAAGUGUUCUUUCCACAGUCUUCAUUGUCUUCAUUACUGGUGUUUAA